AUGGCUCGAUUUGGUAGCAGCGCACGCCCGGCAGGAACCGAGGCGGCCUCACGGCUCUCCAGCAUCUUCGACAUCUCGGCGGCCACCGUCAACCCGUACGGGCGGCUGAACAGCGGUGGCGGCGGCGAGGAUGCCGGGCCGUCGGUUGUUGAAUCCUCCAAAAUGGAACACUCUGAGAUGGGCGCCUCCAGCCCGAAGACAUCCCAGAAGGGCAGCAGCAGCGGCGGGGUGAUGAUGAAAGUGGCCCUGGUGGUGAUGAUGCUGGUCAUCGCCGCGCUGAUGGUGAGCGUCGUGCUGCUGAACGUGCAGCUGACGACGCGCGAGGACGAGAUUGUCGACCUGAAGCGCCGCGUCGAGGGCAUCACGCACGAGCCGGCUGUUGUGGAUGAUCCGACCACCACGCCCGGCCCGCAGCCGAUUCAGCCUGAUGGAAAGCCGCAGCCGGGUCCGGGCCCUCUGGGCAACGACACGAAGCCGGGCAGCUCGCCCGCUCCGGAGUUGUCCAGCAGCGUCGAGCCGAACCCGUCCGCCAGCGAGCCGCCCGCCUCGGCCAGCGUGCCGCCCGCUUCGGAUGCGCCGUCCGCCUCGCCCGAGCCGUCGGCGCCGUCGGCCGCACCCACAGUCAGCUCGUCGCCCCCAACCCCCAGCGCAUCGGCCGAGCCUGUCUCCGUGUCCGCAAGUGCGGCGCCGAACGCGGCCACGACGAAUGGAACGGUGGCUCCUUCCCUGAAGCCGUCGUCGAAGCCCGCCGCG